AUGGACAGGAAAGCCUCUUCCAUCAUCUUCCUCGCUUUCUGUUUGGUCGCAUCGGCCUCGGCCUUCGACAUCCUGAAGCUCCUCCAGAAGGACUCCGAGCUGAGCGAGUUCAGCAAGCUCCUCAAGGAAACCAAACUCGCCGAUCAAAUCAACCAACGCAAAAGCAUCACAGUCCUAGCAGUUGGCAAUGGUGGUGUCUCCGCCCUCUCCAAUGUGUCCCCCGAUGAGGUCAAGAUGCUCUUGAGCGCCCACGUGGUGCUCGACUACUUCGAUGAGCAGAAGCUAAAAGGAACGGUCAAAAAAGAGCCCACAACCGUGACCACAAUGCUCCAAGCCACAGGCAAGGCUCAGCACCAACAGGGAUUCAUUAAAGUCGGCCUCGUCAAAGGAGAGAUCGCUUUUGGGUCAGCAGUCAAGGGUGCUAAAAUGGAUUCCAAGCUUAUUAAGUCUGUCACUUCUCAGCCUUUUGACAUCUCUGUGCUUAAAGUCAGUUCUCUUAUUGAGAUUCCUGACCUUGGUUCUGCAAGCGCCCCCAAGAAGGCUCCAUCACCAUCUGAAGAUGAUGACACUGCUCCGGCACCAUCUGAAGAUGAUGACACUGCUGCUCCGGCACCAUCUGAAGAUGAUGACACUGCUGCUCCGGCACCAUCUGAAGAUGACGAAACAGACUUCUCAUCGCCACCAGAGCCCGAAGACUCAUCAACAGAAGCACCAGAGAAUGCACCAGAGAAAUCACCACAGAAAGCACCAGAGAAAGAGAAACCAUCUGCUACUGCUCCUGCUCCCUCGGCUGCUUCGCAUGUCGAGAUGGCUCUUGGUGCCGGGCUCGUAAUGGGUUUGGCUUCACUUUUGGCUUAA